UCGACGCAAAUAGUGUAGUGUUUCAACUAAGUUUCAUACUCUCUCAUAAAUAUAUAAAGUUUUACUAAUACACCUGCCUUAAUAUCAGUCUUUGGUGCAUUAGAUCGAAAACCAAUGCAAAUAUAAACACCCAACUCCAUAAAAACCACGGCAACGCAAAAUACUACGUCAAUAAGGAACAUAACCAAAUACCAUUUAAGCCUCGUUAAAAAUUAUACAGAAAGCUAUAGGCUAAACGCCGAUACCAAAGCCAAAGGCAAUGGAUCCCGCGAUAGGAAAUAUCCAUACUUCUCGUCUUCCUGGACCGGCGAUAAAUACAGUUGUCGAAAAUUCAGAUGAGCCUCAACCCAGUUUGUCGGAUUUGCAUGAUUUUGAGCCUAAGUUAGAGUUUGAUGAUACAGAAUUACUAUCACCAGCACCGUUACAGAAGGAUGUUAUGGUUGAUGAUUUUGUGUUGACUGAAGGGGAGGAGAUCGAGCCAGCAGAAAUAGUAAAUCCAUUGGAAGACGAUUUUGAAGAUCAGUUGAGAGAGGAACUGUCGGAAAGUAUUGUAAACGUUAAAAAUAUAUGCGAUUUUCUUGGAACUGACAAGCAGGGCAGACAUAUUUUUGCAAUUUAUGCUUCACGAUUUCCAGAGAAAUCACAAAUGGAAAAAUUCAUCUGUGAUGUUAUAAAAGAAAUUGAACCAUUUGUGGAAAAUGAUUACAUUCUCGUCUACUUUCAUCAAGGCCUAAGGAAGGAUAGCAAACCUUCUGCGCAAUUGCUGUGGAAUUCAUAUACAGAAUUGAAUCGCAAUUUUCGCAAGAAUCUCAAAAAUUUAUACGUUGUGCAUCCCACAUUAUUUAUACGCUUUGUAUGGAAAUUUUUUAGUCCAUUCAUCAGCGACAAGUUUCGUCAAAAACUUGUAUAUAUAUCUAGUUUGGAUGAAUUACGCCAAGCAUUGGGUCUAUCAAAGAUAAAAGUACCAGAUAGUGUCUGUGAUUUUGAUGAACAGUUAAACCUUCGUGGUAGAAGCUAUUCGGGCAGCUUUGGCUACGGCCACGGCAGUGGAAGCAGCAGCGCAGGAAGACAAAUGGCCAAUACAACACAAUUUGGCGCACCACUUAAAUUUAUUGUAACCAAUAGUCCAUGUUUAAACUCCAUACCACCAAUAGUACGCAAAUGUGUGGACUCGCUUUCUAUGACCGGUAUGAUCGACACAGAGGGCAUAUUUCGUCGGUCAGGCAAUCAUACCGAAAUAAUUGCAUUAAAGGAACGUGUGAAUCGUGGCGAAGACUUGGAUUUGUCAAAAACCAAUGUGCACGUAAUUGCCGGCUUGUUAAAAAGUUUUCUACGCGAUCUCAGCGAACCUUUACUCACUUUCGAGCUAUACGAUGACAUUACGAGUUUCUUAGAUUGGCCAAAAGAGGAGCGAUCACGUAAUGUGACGCAGCUAAUUAGAGAAAAGUUACCUGAAGAAAACUAUGAGCUUUUCAAGUACUUAGUAGAGUUUCUAGUCCGCGUUAUGGAAUGUGAGGACCUAAACAAAAUGACAUCUUCGAAUUUGGCUAUUGUAUUUGGUCCAAACUUUCUGUGGUCGAACAGGAAUAACACCACCCUGGAGGAUAUCCGACCUAUAAAUGCGUUCAUUGACUUUGUGCUGCAAAACCACAAAAACAUUUAUCUGAUCGAUGUCAACCAACGCCAUACAUCCAUCGAUUGAGCUAAGAAAUGAGAUCGUGCACGACGCACAAAAAAUCAUUAAACUGUGCAUUUUAAUGUAGGUUUAAGAAAUGGCGCCAGGCUUCGAGUUUGUCGGUGCAACUAUUUGUAUUAUUUAGUAGAACAUGAAAUAAGAUUUCGUCAUAUUUAGUUUUUAACAUAGAAAGAAAUUAAGAUAACUAAAAAAUGUGUUUAGGCAUUAUAUGCUUAGAUAUUUAAUAUGUACGUGCACUUUUAAAGAUUGUUUCAAACCCAAGUACAUUUUCAAGAUGCAGCGGUAACUAGCGAAAAAAAGGAAAUUUAGAAAUUAAAAUUUAUUUGAAGGUAAAAGUAUUUCCAAAAAUCGAACAUUUCUGAUGUCAAAGUUAGCUGCGUUCGAUAACAUAAAAAUUUGUAAUAGUCAUUCCUAAUGUUUGAAGUAAGAGUUUGAUAACGCCAAAAAAUUAUCCAUCCCAUAAGAAUUGAGAGAGAAAAGUAAGAGUUCGCUGCAAGACAGACGCUCAUUUUGGCUGAAGAAAUUUUAGUCAGCAAAAAUUAUCCAUCACAAAAAUAUAUAACUUUAUUAGCUAAUA